GUCACACAAGGCUAGGGGUACCUUGCAACAAUCGUCCUCUUCCUCAAUGUCUCCCCUGCGAGGCUGCUUUUCCUCCCCGGUCCAGCUGCGCCCCCCGCUCAUCCCCAGGCCAUCCUUGCUUGGUGUCUUGCUGCUUGAGCUGCUUGUGCUGCUGCUGGAGGAGGAGGAGCAGCAGCUAUCCGGGAGCCCAGGGACUCACAGCUCCCCGUCUUCCUCCAGCACCCUGCUAGCCGACGAUCAUGAAAGCGGAGAAGGAGGACCUGUCAAUGAUCAACCUGUCUGUACAGCAAGUCCUGAGCCUAUGGGCGCACGGGACAGUGCUGAGGAGCCUGACCGAGAUGUGGUAUUGGGUUUUCCUAUGGGCCCUUUUCUCCUCCCUCUUUGUCCAUGGAGCAGCAGGAGUUCUUAUGUUUGUAAUGCUACAGAGGCACAAGCAAGGGAGACUAAUAUCUGUGGUCCUGGUCAGCAUUGGGUUCCUGGCUUCUGUCACCGGAGCGAUGAUAACUAGUGCAGCCGUUGCAGGGAUUUACCAAGUAGCAGGAAAAAACAUGGCUCCAUUGGAAGCGUUGGUCUUUGGAAUUGGACAAACAGUACUAACAGUGAUCAUUUCCUUUUCACGUGUCCUUGCCACACUAUGACACAUGAAGUAUUGUAUCAUAAUGGAGCCUAAUUAUUCCAAGAGA